CAACAACAAACCAAUGUAUCUAUCUACAGUACUGUCUUCUGAGUUCUCACUAACUUUCUGUCAUUUUAUAUAAAUAAUCAAAUAAUCAGCUAUAAAGAUGAGUUAUUUAGGAGUUGGAUUCAGUCCCGAGAACGUCGCCGGAGCCACAAUGAAGCUGAAUGAUCGUAAAGUGAGACUAAUGGAGCUGAUUCUGAGAUGUUUGGUGUGUGCCCUCGCUCUCGUCGCCGCGAUCCUCGUUGCUACAGACACACAAGUCAAAGAGAUUUUCACCAUCCAGAAGAAGGCCAAGUACACCGAUAUGAGGGCGCUUGUGUUACUGGUGGUCGUUAAUGGGAUAGCCGCGGCGUAUUCUUUGGUGCACGGGGUUCGUUGCGUGGUGGGUAUGAUGAAAGGAAGCGUUUUGUUCAGUAAGCCCCUUGCUUGGGCCAUUUUCUCCGGUGAUCAGGCAAUAGCAUAUUUGACUGUGGCGGCCGUUGCAGCAGCAGCGCAGUCUGCAGCCUUUGCGAAGCUGGGCCAGCCAGAGCUUCAAUGGAUGAAGAUAUGCACAAUGUAUGGGAAGUUCUGUAACCAAGUAGGUGAAGGGAUCGCGACCGCCUUGCUUGUUAGCAUUGGCAUGGUUUUGAUCUCUUGCAUUUCAGCUUUGGGUCUAUUUCGUUUGUAUGGGGGUACCAAGGCUCAGAAAAGCUCACGGUGGUGAAGGCUAAUAGGCCAUGGCUCAUAGUGGUCUUGGACUUACCUUGUUUGUGUUAAAUAAUUGUGGUCUGCUUUCACUCUGUGUCUUUCAAUGUGUAUACCGUUUGUUACUACUUUCAUGAUCUCAUUUGCACAAUAAUAAUCAAGAUUGUAGUUUGAUAACGAGUCUAUAUACACUAUUCUCUUGCCGAGCAAAUGGGAAAACA